AUGAGCGCACCGAGCAACUGCUUCGCGGCUCCAUCUCUUCAAACAAGUGAAUGUAUAUUGCUCGUCGUACAUUUGAUUUGCGCACUAUUCUUCCAUAAACCAUCACUAGUUUGUACCGAGGUACUCAACGUAGGCAUUAUUCCUACUCGCGAUGUUGGCCAUCCUCUCAAGCGCAACAUUUCAAGUAUGGCUGACAGCCCUGCCAGUGGGUCCUCAUUAUCGUCACCCAACGCCAAGACGCUUACAGGAACACGCUGA